AUUUCAACUGAUCGACGUGUAAGACUUAUUUGUCAAAAGUUUUCCAUGUAUAUCUCAACAGUGGUUGUUUUGCUUUAUCUAAUUGAUCUUACUGGUGCCUUAGAAUGUUACAGUUGUGCAAAUAUACAGGAUCCCAAUGAGUGUAAUAACACUGUUACAUGUGGAGCCGAUGAGUUCUGUUCACAUGCAACGGUUCCUGGUGGAAGCGGUAAAACAUACUCGUUAGGAUGUGGCAAUAACAACAAAUGUGGAGUGAAUAAUACUGGACCAGGUGCGAUUGUUGGAAGAGAUCUCGAAAUAAGACAAACUUUGGAAUGCCAUGAAUGCUGCUCUUUCGAUUUGUGCAAUAAAAACCUGUGUAUACAUCUAAUACCCUCUGAUUGUGUUGAUGAUGUAAAUUUUGACUGUGCGAGACUGAAAACUGUAUUCCAAAUAUGCAAAGACAAAGAUCAUGCUAAAAACACAUGCCCGAGAUUCUGUAAUCUUUGCAAUGUUGUCGAUGGGAACUGGUCACCUUGGUCGUCCUGGUCACACUGUGACGUCACAUGUGGGAAUGGAACAGAAGCACGUGUUAGAAGUUGCACCAAUCCGAGACCCGCAAACGGUGGUUACAAUUGUUUGGGAAAUAAUAAAAUAACCAAAUUGUGCGAACGGCAAUUAUGCCCAGUUCACGGUGGUUGGAGUGAAUGGUCUGAAUUUGGACAAUGCUCUGUAACCUGUGGAAUGGGCAUGACAAAAAGAUUAAGAUCGUGUUCAAAGCCUCCACCAUCGCGAUUUGGCGACCACUGCUUUGGCGAUAGAGUCGAGUAUACACUUUGCAUGCCAAAACCAUGUACAGAUGGUCGUUGGUCAGAUUGGGAACCAUGGAGCAACUGUACGUCAUGUGACAAAGGUAUUCAUACACGAACAAGAAACUGCAACAGACCUAAACCUUCUCCUUAUGGAAAUUAUUGUACUGGACAAUCGUUACAAGUAGAAGCUUGUAAUAGCUACUGUAGUGACUGCAGAGACUGCUAUGAUAUUAAAAGGAAAUACCCUGACCACCAAAGCGGAAUUUACGUUAUAAAAUUAUGGAAAUCCAAGAAGCUUGUUUCUGUGUUUUGUGAUAUGGAUACAGACAAUGGGGGCUGGACUGUUUUUCAAAACAGGUUCGAUGGUUCUGUUGAUUUUUAUAGAAAUUAUACAAACUAUACAAAUGGUUUCGGUGACUUAACUGGAGAGUUUUGGCUUGGUCUAGAAAAUCUUCAUGAAAUGACAUCACACGGAAGUUCGGAACUACGAGUGGAUGUAAAAAGGGCUAACGGAUUCGCUGCAUACGAGGUGUUUAAAAAUUUCAGCAUAUCGUCUUCUCCAGAUUACAUCCUUCGUGUUUCGCCAGGCAAUGGAACUGCUGACAAUAUGAUGAUAGUCUUAGUUUAG